AUGCUUGCUGUUGUAAGAUACCUGUUCAAAGCACUGACUCUAGCAGCCAUGUUUGAAAGGCUAGAUGUGCUCUGUAAGAUAAGACUUGGGAUUUCAAUUUUGCUUUAUCUUUUUGGUGACUUACAGGAACUCCAGGAUGGCAUUGGGCAGCGGCAAACUGUUGUCAAAAUACUGAAUACAACUGGCGAAGAAAUAAUUCAACAGUCUUCAAAAACAGAUGCCAAUAUUCUACAGGAAAAACUAGGAAGCUUGAGUCUGCGGUGUCAGGAGAUCUGCAAACAGCUGGCUGAAAGGCAAAAGAGGAUUGAAGAACAAAAGAAUGUCUUGUCAGACUUUCAAAGAGAUUUAAAUGAAUUUGUUUUGUGGUUGGAAGUAGCAGAUAAUAUUACUAAUACUCCACUUGGAAAUGAGCAGCAGCUAAAAGAAAAGCUUGAACAAGUGAAGUUGCUGGCAGAAGAGUUGCCCCUGCGCCAAGGAAUUCUAAAACAAUUAAAUGAAACAGGGAGAGCAGUACUUGUAAGUGCUCCCAUAAGACCAGAAGAGCAAGAUAAACUUGAAAAUAAGCUCAAACAGACAAAUCUCCAGUGGAUAAAGGUCUCCAGAGCUUUGCCUGAAAAACAGGGAGAACUUGAGGUUCACAUAAAAGAUUUUGGGCAACUUGAAGAGGAGCUAGAUCACCUGCUUCUGUGGCUCUCUCCUAUUAGGAAUCAAUUAGAAAUUUAUACCCAAGCAAGUCAAACUGGACCAUUGGACCUAAAGGAAACUGAAGGAGCAGUUCAAGCUAAACAACUGGAUGUGGAAAGGCUUUUGUCUAAAGGGCAGCAUUUGUAUCAGGAAAAGCCAAGCACUCAGCCAGUGAAGAGGAAGUUAGAAGAUCUGAGGUCUGAGUGGGAGGCUGUAAACCAUUUACUUCGGGAGCUGAGGACAAAGCAACCUGAUCGUGUCCCGGGACUGACCACUGUUGGAGCCU